UCACUGCCUUAUUUUCUGCCGAUUGCCCAGGGUUGCAGAGGGGGAGACGAAAGCAGAUGUGAGCGGGGCUGCAUCAGGGACAAUCCAGCUGUGAACUAAGUAGAAACCUGCGAUUUCAUUAAUAGUAUGUGGCAACCCGCGACAGAGCGAUUGCAGCACUUCCAGACAAUGCUGAAGACCAAGCUCAACGUGCUUACUUUGAAGAAGGAGACGUUGCCAACGGUGAUAUUCCAUGAGCCGGAGGCUAUUGAAUUGCGCUCCACUACACCACUGAUGAAGACUCGGACUCACGUGGGCUAUAAGGUGACAUACCUUGGAAAAGUAACCAUCACAGGGACACAAUUUCUGUCAGGGUGCACCGAGUCUGCUGUCAUUGGCUUGUGGGAGCGCAGGGCACUGGUUCAAGAUGAUGUUCUCAAUGCCAAUGCUAUUCUGGAGAUUCGGCCAUUCCAGGUGAGACUACACCACUUGGAUAGCCAUGGUGAGGCGACUGUAGCCAUGGACACCUACCAGGUAGCACGAAUUGCUUAUUGCACAGCUGACCACAACGUUAACCCCAACAUUUUUGCCUGGAUCUACCGUGAGAUCAACGACGACCUCACCUUCCAGAUGGACUGCCAUGCAGUAGAGUGUGAGGGGAAGCUAGAGGCCAAGAAGCUAGCACAUGCUAUGAUGGAGGCCUUCCGCAAGACCUUCCAGAGCAUGCGGAGCGAUGGGCGCAUUCACAAGAGCAGCUCCUCUGACGAAUUCCCAGAAGACUUCACACCUGAGGAUGGCUGAACUGGGAUACCACAGACAAUGCAUGGGAAUUGGAGUUCUUUCUGGACCCACACAGAACCGACACAGAAUAACAGCACCCAGCCGAAACUGAACAAUAAUACAUAACGAAUACCGAAAAAUAAUGCACAUCCACAAAGACCAAUACUAUAAAGUGAUAAAAGAACAACAAUUUGCAGCUCAGAAAGGUAACGAAUCAUCCCAAAAGAAUCAUUACCAUUCAGCUCAAAAAAACCUUUAUAGUAGAAAAUAAUAAAGAAUAAAAUCAUCUAUGACACUUUUUUGUGGUUUAUUACGCAUCUUAAGGUAUGCGUGAUCUAACUCCUUUAGAUUUAUUAAAAGACCUCAAUUGACGUAAGGUAUCUUUGACAAAAAUGGGUCAUAUUUCCUAAAGUCCAACACUCUAUUACAUCUCUCCCUCUUUUCCGUGACUAUAAAUAGUACAGAGUAUAUGCGAUAUUCUGUCGGUUUAUUGGUGUGAAUUUCAGUAACAUUUCUCCUGAAUUUUCCCCUGUGCAGGCUAUCAGCAGCUUAGAAAAGAGAUUCUGAAGCAGGUAAUCUUUACUUGCUUCUGAUUUCUUGUGAGAUAAACCAAAAGUUAACACAAUCUCGGCUGGAUCCUAUCUAUGUAUUAUGUCAUUCGAUUCACAUUGGGCUGGCUCCUAGCACCCUACUCCAACUAUCUGCAGCUCCAGAUGCAAUAACCUGUCUUCACAGAGCACUGUUCAAGAACCCAGUGACAGACACACUGACACAUAACAUUUGACAGUGUUAUCCAGAUAUUGUGAAAACAUGACAUAUUGUUUGCAAUGGCUUGGCUCAAAAAUAAAGUAAAAACACAGAUGUUCCAGGAUGGAGAAAUAGCCAUGCUAUGUGCUCUGAUGCUUUGGAAUUUUAUGUGGAGAGCAAUUAUUCUUUAGACUACAUUACUGUUUUAAUCGAUGUAAAAAUGUGGAAGCCAACCAUCCAAGUGGUGGGCCACAGGUUAAGGGAAAGGCCUGCUUCUGGCAGAAACCUAUAGGACAUGAAAUCACUUGAGCCAGUUUUCUGCAGGACGCAUGACUGUCAUCAUUUGUGCUGCCAGCUCAGUACACCAGCUAGAUUUCUUCUUGAACCUGGUUUUUGGUUUUAUGUAUUUUAAUAGUUUAAAAUGGGAAAUGUAUAGUUAGAAGAAAGCUGCCUCAUGGAUACGGACGCUUUUUGUUAUAAUGCAGACUGUCCCCAACUUAGACUCUAUGUGACUUAGAACGACUUGCACAUUGUUUUUAAAAUUAAGUAAGUUCAUGUGGCUCAGUGGGCUAAGCCUGUGUCCUUAUAACCAUAAAGCUGCCAGUUUGAACGCAGUCUCUGGGUCUUUGAGCAAGGUCCUUAACCUCCGGCUCUUUGGGCAUUGCAGCAGGUGGCUGCCCUUCGUGGCCAGCUUGCUCUACAAAAUGCAAAUUGGGGGAGGCGUAAAGACAAUUUCCCUAUGAGGAUCAAUAAUGUAUCAGUUAUUAUUAUAUAAAAUACAUUUCAGAAAUACAUUUCAGACGGCUGUACGCCGGUAGUGCUAGGUUACCUAGUGAGCAUGGCCUGCCCUAUGAUAGUUGCUAAUAGUUGACCCUCCAAGCUUUAUACGCAUCUCCCAGUUUCAUUCUGGCACCUGAAAGUCAGUAAAAUGAUCCUAUCCUGAUCCUAUAUGACUUUUCUGUCGGGAUGGAACCCAGUCGUAAGUCGGGGACAGUCUGCAUUUUACAGUUGUGUCUUUGGCACUAUUUUGUCCGAAUUGAACACCAUAUAGGAAUGGGAACAUUUGUAUGUUGAUGUAAUUUAAAAAAAAAAAAACUCUGUGUACCCAUAUUCUGUGAAUGAAUUUGAACAAAGGAGGUCCUGGUCAGUAUAUAUUUCUAAAGUUCUUUGCUAAGCUAAUGUAAAUAGAAAUAUUAAUGUGUGUUUCAAAAUAUUACAGCAUAAAUGUUUAUAGUUAUUUUAAAUGAAGAAGAAACAGUGUUUAAUACCCAACUGUGAAUAUUUAGAAAAUCCUGUAGUGCUGGAUGUUUAAGCCAUGUGAAAUCAUAGCUGUACGUGGGAGUGAAGGUGUACAGAAGUGUUUAUGAAAUAAUGGAUAACUGUGUUCCGUUUUCAGUGCCUGGAUUAGCUUUAAAUGAUUCAUUGUGUCACCUUAUGUGUUUUAUAUGCAGUAUUUGCAAAGAUAAAAAAAAACAAUUUAUAAAGUUCAGUCAUGAUU